UGUGUUCACGCUUAUAACGCAACUGGGAACUGCGGUACCAAAAGACUCAACUACAUGCUUGGAUUCGAUAUGUGACGUUUCGGCAGCUCAGGCAGGUUAUGGCGGUGAGGAUGAGCUGCUCGUAAACAUUCGUAUACAGUCGGCAUUUCGAUCGCUUCUCAACAAUUCAUCAUCUGCAAUUGUCGAGUUGAUUGCUGAACAAAUCUACAAUUUCGUGCGUACGAUGCAAACCGAAAAUGCGAUUGCCGCAGAUGCGAUGUGUGCACUGGUUCAGGAAUGUACUUAUGCGAAUCCUGCUAAGUAUACGCCACUCUAUUUGAAACAUGUCAUGGAAAACUUAAAAGAGCUGAACUGCGAGGAGAAACAGCAUUUAGAAGUGUUAGACGCUGCAACAAUGUGGUUUAUCUAUCUAGGAAUGGUGCUUUUCUCAGUUCCAAGUCAAAUUAUUUUGAAAUAUAAAACUGAGUGCAUACAACUACACAAGAUGGCAAUAUCAAUGCAUUGUUUGAAUGCAUACCAGGGUGCGUGUUGGUCAUUGACGAAUGUACUCACUCAGCUGACAGAAGUUUAUCCGUUGAGUGAGAAUGAUCAACAAAUGGAGCUGAACAAACCUCUGAAGGAAUCAUUAAUCAUUGAGAAGUGGGGAGCUGGAGUUGUUAAAGAUGCCGUUAAAAUGAGAUGGCAUGUUCCGGAUGUGGACGAACUUUGUUUUGCUGAGCAAUUGAUCGAUGAAUUUGUUUUUAAGGAGAUUCUCGUGUUACAAACACCCGAAAAAAUGGAUAAGAAGGCAAUCAAACGAUCGCUGUAUAUUGUUGAAAAGUUGCUGUUUUGCGUCGGAAAACGUCUACCAAAUUUCACCACUCCAAUUAUCACACUCUCACGGACCGAAAUCCCAACCGAACCACAGAUUCUAUCUGCAAUGUCACCACAAAUGAAAACAUUUUCGUUUCGUGGAGAGAAUGUAAGGGAGCGAGUUCGACAGACAAUGCACAAUUUGAUUGUUCAUGUUUUACGGCUGCAUGAUGAUCAAGCAAAAAUUCUCGAAAAAAUCACCGCAAUUCUGCAUUUGCUUACGACUAGAGGAUCCCAGUGUCGCUUCCGUGAAAAACCAGAAACCUCGUCGCCCAGCUAUGAGGAUCCGAUUCGAGGGAAACGAGUGGAGCUUUACAGGAACUUUGAGGAACGUGUAUUCGCGUUACAGAAAGAAAUUCGACCUCGAAGCGACAAGUUCACGACGUCGCAUUUGGAAAUAUUGAAAGAUUUGGUCUUAUUAGGAACCAACUCAUUCACUGAGGUGCGUAUCGCAUCACAAACCGUACUCAUUCGCAUCUUAUCCAAAUUUCCCAAUGCUAAGGCUCAAAUUGUAAAAGACAUCACGAAAUAUCUCGACCCUUCCACAAAAGCUUGUCAUGAAGAAAUCAAGGGUGCACUCUAUAUGUUGAUCAAGGGUGGAUUUGUGGUGUCGAGUGCACCAUCUGUACGAUGCAGAUGUUGGUUGGCAAUCGCUAAAAUCGCCUACUCCGAAAAGCCAUCGAUAAUUAAACUCGUCGAACGAGCCUAUUCAUUGGUUUCCGUCGAAUCAUGGUCACCAGCUAAAAAUAUUAUAUCUGACAGAUUACGUAUGUGCGCUCAGCAAUUGAUUGAUGCGGAUGCACGAAACAGUGAAGCAUUUAUCGAGUUCCAGAAAAAGAUUCCGAAAACGGACGUCGAAUUUUUGCAAAAAACAAAAGUGACAUUCAAUGAAAGACAAACGAAAAAACAAAAGAAGACUGCAACGCUACGACACGAGUUGGUUAUGACUUGCCUGAAUAAAGGACAAUUUUAUCAUUGGCGUAACGUUGAUUGUGCCAGAUCAUUUCUGUACACUUUACACAGGAAUGAUUUUGAUGUGGCUGCACUGAAGAUUCGAGAUCCACAAGGUAUGCACGGAUGUGGUCCUCGUCUGGACAAUCUCUGUGUCGUAUACGACGAGAAAAAAUUGCCAGUUGAUGAUGACACUUGGAAUGGAACAGUUUUCGUGUCCAAACCUCAUUGGGGUUCAUAUCAGUGGCCAAAGUCAGUCAAAUCUUUCACUGAAGAGCACUGCAUGAACUUAAGUUUCUGUUUCUAA